CCACUGGACCCGCAGCCCCUGACAGGAGUCUCCCUCCCUCCCUCCCGUCCUCCCUCUCUGUCUCUGGGUGUCUCCCCCUGCACUUCUCGCUCAGGUGCGACAUUCUUGCGGUGCCUCCCUGCCGAGAAGAUGACGGACUCCGCGCCGCCCGACUCCACCGCCGUCCCGCACCCGGCUGUGGUUGUGGAGCCCGCGGCGGUGAACGGCCAGUGCGAGCAGGCGGACCCCCAGGAGCAGCAGCAGGAGCAGGAGCAGCAGCAGGAGCAGCAGGAGCAGCGGAGCGGCACAGAAAGUCAGGGAGAGGGUCUGAAGAUGGACCAGGAGAUGAAGAUCACAGAGAGCAUAGAUGACAGAGGUCUUCUGGAGAGCAGCAUGCGUCUGAAGCCUCAUGAAGCACAGAGCUACCGUAAGAAAGCCCUGUGGGUGUCCUGGGUCUCCAUCGCGGUCACCAUUGUCCUCGCCAUCGCUGCUUUCACUGUUUCCAUCAUGCGUCACAGUGCUUCAGCUUUCGGAUUCGCUUUCGACGCAGCGCUGGACGUGUUGUCCUCCGUCAUCGUGUUGUGGCGAUACAGCAACGCUGCCGCUGUUCAUUCUGCACACAGAGAAUACAUAGCCUGUGUCAUCCUGGGUGUGAUCUUCAUCCUGUCCUCCCUGUGCAUUCUGGGUAAGGCCAUCCAUGACCUGGCCACCAAGCUGUUGCCUGAAGUGGAUGGCUUCCUGUUCAGCGUGUCCAUCGUCAGCGGCGUGGCGUGCAUCCUCCUGGCUGUGGUGAAGUUCAUGCUCGGGAGGGUGCUGACGAGCCGAGCCCUCAUCACCGACGGAUUCAACUCGCUGGUGGGAGGAGUCAUGGGCUUCUCCAUCCUCAUCAGCGCCGAGGUGUUCAAGCACGAACCCCAGGUGUGGUACCUGGACGGGACAAUAGGGGUCCUCAUGGGCCUCAUCAUCCUCUCGUAUGGAGUCAAGCUGCUGCUGGACAUGGUUCCACGGAUGCGACAAACCAGGAACUAUGAGCGUUUUGAGUGACGGAGCAGAGAUGAAGAAGAAGAGGGGGAUUGACAGGUGUGGGUCUGGGAUCACUGCCCCCCCCCCCCCAUGUCCCUCCACUGACUCUCAGGCCUGGAGGAGGUGCCAGCGACCUGAGGUUCAGGCCGAUCAAACUCCUGUGGCACCUUUUUAAGUGUUUUACAAUUUGCUGUAAAUAUAAAUUCUUUGUCUUUGAACUGUGAGCAGGUCUGUUGUGUG